AUGCCGCACUCAACCUCCCCCGAGCUAUCGCUGCAGGAAGACAGUAUACUCCCGGAUGCUCCAGCGCGACCGCUCGAAGAUGGCUUAGACAACACAUCCGAAGAAGAAUCGAGCGCUGGCACGCAAACAAUGGAUGAUAGUAUUACUGAUCCUGCCUCCAAAGCGAAUGCCAAUCUCGAGGAUAUGUUCGAAGAUGACGAUGAGGACGACGACUUCUCGUCAAGCGCACCUCAAGCUUCAUCCGAGGCUGCUUCGCAGGACACAAUAAAACCAGCGCCAAAUACCAGUUCCUCAGAUCCCGAAGUCAUGAAAGCAUUCUACCAACGCCUAUUCCCCUUCCGCUACCUGUUCCAAUGGCUGAACCACUCACCCUCGCCGACCAACGACUUCGGCCACCGCGAGUUCGCCUUCACUCUCCGCAACGACGCCUACCUCCGUUACCAAUCCUUCCCCACCGCAGACCUCCUCCGAAAACAAUGCAUCCAGCUCAACCCCUCCCGCUUCGAAAUCGGCCCCGUCUACUCCACCAACCCACGCGAGCGCAAGGCCCUCCGCCGCGCCACCGCCUUCCGGCCCAUCUCCAAAGAACUCGUCUUCGACAUCGACAUGACCGACUACGACGAAAUCCGCACCUGCUGCACGGGCGCCAACAUCUGCAGCCGGUGCUGGACCUUCAUCACCAUGGCAAUCAAAGUCAUCGACGCCGCGCUGCGCGACGACUUCGGCUUCCGGCACAUCUUGUGGGUGUAUUCAGGCCGACGAGGCGCGCACGCCUGGGUGUGCGACCGGCGGGCCCGCGACAUGGACGACGCGAAACGGCGCGCCGUUGCGGGAUAUCUCGAGCUGCUGAAGGGCGGCGACAAGAGCGGGAAGAGAGUCAACGCCAAGCGGCCCCUGCAUCCGCACCUAGAGCGCAGCUUGAACCUCCUCCGUGACCAUUUCCAGGCCGACAUCCUGUGCAAGCAGGAUCCGUGGGCGAGCCCGGAGAAAGCGGCGCGCCUGCUCGAGCUGCUGCCGGACAAGGAGCUGAACAAGUCGCUGCAGAAGAAGUGGGAUUCGGCGCCGCUGCGGCCGUCGAGCCAGAAGUGGGCGGAUAUCGACGCGCUGGCUGCGACGGGCGCGUCGGGGAGUCUGGACACCAAGGCGCUGAGGGACGCGAAGCAGGAUAUUGUGCUGGAGUAUACGUAUCCGAGACUCGAUGCUGAGGUGUCGAAGAAGCUGAAUCAUUUGCUCAAGUCGCCGUUUUGUGUACACCCGGCUACGGGGAGGGUGUGCGUGCCGAUUGAUACAAGGAGAGUUGAGGAGUUUGAUCCAUUAGGUGUGCCGACGGCCACGGAGUUACUCGCGCAGAUUGACGAGUGGGCUCGAACGCAUGAUGACGGUGGAGAAGGAGAAGAAGAGAAGAAGAAGGUCCAGGAUUGGGAGAAGACGAGCUUGAAGCCGUAUGUGGAGUUCUUCAGGACGUUUGUCGGGGGUUUGUUAAAAGAUGAGAAAGGGGCAGUCAAGCGAGAAAGGCAGGAGAGCGAAUCGAUGGAGUUUUGA